UUAGGCUUUGUCCCAGUUAUCCACCUUACAUUAUUGUUCCUACAUCAGUGCACGAUGAGCAUGUGAAAGAUCUAGCCACUUUUCGUUACUCACGAAGAAUUCCAGCUGUUGUUUGGAGGCAUCAGCAGAAUGGAUGUGUAAUAGCACGCAGCAGCCAACCUAGAAUGGGAAUUCUAAGCUGGCGUAAUGCUAAUGACGAGAAAUUAAUCCAGGCAAUCUCUGAUGCAUGUACUAGUGAUCCAGGCUAUGAGAUAAAAGUCAAUGGCAAGGAAGAAUCUUAUUCUCUUCAGAGUGAUCUCGAUGGGGAUGCUUCUUUAUUUUGCAGUCAAGAUCAAGUAAAACCUACUCAAAAGAAACUCCUCAUUAUUGAUGCUCGAUCUUAUGCUGCUGCAAUGACGAAUAGAGCUAAAGGAGGAGGCUAUGAAUGUGAUGGUUAUUAUUCAAAUUGUGAAAUUCAGUACAUGGGUCUUGCAAACAUUCAUACCAUAAGGAAUAGUUUUGCAUGUGUCCGUGCUCUAUGUGCUGCCCCUGAUGACAGUUGGCUGUCAUCGUUAGAAAACACCAAAUGGUUAAAUCACAUUUCGGGCCUCAUCCGGGCUGCUUUAUUAGUUGUUAAUUCAGUUGAUGUUGAAAAGAGGCCCGUUUUGGUGCACUGUUCUGAUGGAUGGGAUAGAACGCCGCAAAUAGUUGCUCUUGCUGAGAUUAUGUUAGAUCCUUAUUACAGAACUAAAAAGGGAUUUCAAGUUUUAGUUGAAAGAGAAUGGCUUCAAUUUGGCCAUAAAUUUGCUGACCGUUGUGGACAGUCUGGUGGCACAGAAGACAGGAAUGAAAGAAGUCCAGUAUUUAUACAAUGGCUGGAUUGUAUAUAUCAACUUCUGGAGCAGUUUGAAUGCCAUUUUGAAUUUAAUCAGCAGUAUUUGGCACGUUUAGUUCUACAUACUUAUUCCUGUUUAUUUGGAACAUUUUUAUGUAAUACUGACCAAAGUAGGAAUGCUUAUAAAGUGUCCAAUAGAACAUUUUCUGUGUGGCCAGUGUUGAACGAAAAAAGUCAAUUCCACAACUACCUUUUUAAUCAUAGUAAUGAGGUUUUAAGGCCAUCUUACCAUAUAAGAAAUCUGAAAUUUUGGAGUGAUGUUUAUCUACCAAACAAUUCUGUCAAUCUUGGAAGAUCGACUAUGCCUCCAGUCGAAGAACCUCUUCCAGAAGAAAAUCUGGAAAAAUCUAAUCUCGUGAAAACAAAAUCAUGUGAUAACAUACCAUGUGCUGAACAUUCUUUAACUUUGCAACGGCGUAACAGUGACCCUAACAUAGUAGAAAAUACUUUUAUAGAACCCGUACUUUAUCCACAUAUUCCAGAAUAUACUGAAAAAAUCUCUACUCAUAACUCGAACAUAAUGGAAAAUUCAGUGCUAAGUAAUCUGUGCAAUGGCUUUGGUGCUGAUAGGUCUGAAUUAGAUGACUUAGAAAGGACAGGUAGUAAAAGCUUUGGAAUUUCACAUUCAAAUUUAGUUUUGAAGGAACCUACAAUCGAUGGUUCCACUGAUACACUAGUCAGUGAAAAUGGCGCAUUAGUUCAAGAACAGUGUAGAAAUGAAUCCAGUCAUACAAACAGUGGUGAGACAUUUUCGUAUUCAAAGUUAACAUGUUCAGUCAGUACAAGUACCACCGAUCUACCUUUAACGGUGGAAGGUGUCUUGCAGUCUGUGACACAGAAUAUCAGUUAUAUUGAUAGUAAGAUGCCAAAUUGGUGUCAAAAUGUGAUUGGUGCUUUUAUUAGCAAUAAGAGGAACAGCGAUACAUCAAAUUCGUGCAGCUGUAGCUACACUAACCAAUAA